UCGGUUCCAAUUAUUUUGUGCGUGUCAUCCUUGAGUAGGGUCAUGCUAAGCGGGGGAAACCAAUCUUUUCAGUUUUCAUGUAUCGUAGCUGAACCAAUAUAUCGGUUUAAUCGACGCCAAACCGGAACACAGUAGUUCAGUUUGAUCUCUUGAGUUCGGAUAUAUAUUGUCCGCAGAUAUGAGAAAACCAUCCUUCUUUAGUCUGUUUUGUUUCCUGAAAUGAAAUCAAGAAUGUCUAAAGCAUGGAAGAUGAAGUUGCUUCUCCUGCUUCAACUCCUCCUCUUGACUCAACAUGGUGUUGAUACAGCUUCUGUUAUCAGCCAUCUUCCCGGUUUUGAAGGUCCUCUUCCUUUCCACCUUGAAACUGGCUAUAUCGGUGUUGGUGAAGAAGAGAAAGUCCAACUUUUCUACUAUUUCAUCAAAUCAGAGAACAAGCCUGAAGAAGAUCCUCUUCUGAUUUGGUUAACAGGAGGACCUGCCUGCACUGCUCUCUCUGCUCUUGCUUUCGAGAUUGGGCCGUUGACUUUCAAGACUGAAGGCUACAAUGGAGGUUUGCCUUCUCUUGUCUCUACUUCCUAUUCCUGGACAAAGGUAGCAAGCAUAAUAUUCUUGGACCAACCUGUUGGGACUGGCUUCUCUUAUUCAACAACCCCUCUUGCUGAUAAGCCUAGUGACACAGGAGAAGCAAAACAGACCUAUGAGUUUCUCCAAAAGUGGCUAGUGGAGCAUCCAGAGUUUGUCUCAAAUCCUCUCUAUGUCGGUGGAGAUUCUUACGCUGGUAUAGUUGUGCCAGCCAUUGUUCAACAGAUCUCAAUAGGAAAUGAAAAUAGCAACAAACCGAUGAAUCUUAAGGGCUAUGUUCUUGGGAAUCCGUCAACAGAACUUGAUAAAGAUCAUAACGCCAAGAUUCCAUACGCACAUGGAAUGGGACUGAUCUCUGAUGAACUUUUUGAGUCGCUAAAGAUAAGCUGCAACGGAAACUAUGUAAACAUAGACCACACUAAUACACAAUGCUUGAAAUUGGUGGAAGACUACGAUAAGUGUGUAUCAAGGAUAAAUGAAGGUUCUAUUCUGAUACCAUUGUGUGAUUUGGCUUCACCAAAUCCAUUUUCAAUGGAGAAUGCUGGAAGAAGAAGUCUCGAAAGCCAGUCAGAUCUUUAUCUUCCAACUCCUGGUUGCUAUAUGUACCGUUAUGUUUUAGCUACAUAUUGGGCUAAUGAUGAAGAUGUACGCAAAGCGCUUCAUGUGGAGAAAGGAAGUAUAGGGAAAUGGAUGAGAUGCGAUUGGGAUAUGGCUUAUGAGAAAAACAUAAAGAGUAGUCUACCGUACCAUAUGAACAUUAGCAGAAAAGGGUUAUAUAGGUCAUUGGUUUACAGUGUCAGUGGCGAUCAUGAUAUGAUGGUGCCUUAUGUUGGAACCGUAGCUUGGAUUAGAUCUCUAAACUAUUCGAUCAUUGAUCAAUGGAGGCCAUGGUUUGUUGACAAUCAAGUUAUUGGAAACACAAGGAGUUACGUCAACAACAUGACGUUUGCCACUAUCAAAGGAGGCGGGCACACUGCAGAGUAUAAACCAUAUGAAAGCUUCAUGAUGUUUCAAAGGUGGAUCCGUAAUCAACCUCUAUAACAUAGUAGAGCCUCAACGAGUUCAACACUUGCAAAGAUCAAAUAAUUAAGAUAUGAAUCAUUUUCUCUUUCCUUUUAACAAUCACAUUCAACCAUUACUUUAAAUUUGUUGCUCGGAAUAAUAUAUUUGGUUAAAAUCAUUUUUAUAUCGA